GCACCGCUUAACGGAGAUGCAAGUGCGCAAUCGGAGAAUGCUGCAAAGAAGAGUUAUGUGCAUGGGGUAUCGAGCGUUCCACUUUUAUUUGAUACCAUCGGGGAUCGCCUACGGAUGGCCGUCGAAAAGGUGCCUGAUCGAGAAUUUGUAAUAUUCAAGCGUGACGGCAUACGGAAAACAUAUCAGCAACUUCUUUAUGAUUGUGAAAAGCUGGCUAGCGGUUUGUUGCAUUUGGGUCUGGAUCGUGGUGACCGCAUUGGUAUGUGGGGUCCUAAUUUGUACGAGUGGAUAGUAUGCCAGUUCGCUAGUGCGCUUGCUGGCAUGAUUAUGGUUCGUCUCAUUAAUGAUAUUCAAAAAAUUUGA